CUUAGGGCAAAGUCCUUCCUGCGGGUAACUCAGACCCGCCCACUCAUCGCUUCUUCGUUUGCACAAGAAGCAAGAGGAUUAAACGGAACAAAGCGGACACUCAAACAGCGAAACACAAUUUGUGCCACUAUCAUUGUGUAAGUAGGGUACAAGAUGCCUAAAAAUGAUAGCUGGCCAGGUGGCACCGGAUUGGAGACGAUCACAAGCAUGGACAGUGCUGGUAGCUGUGACAGCGCUGUCAGUGCCAAAUCCGGCUUUAGCGGCGAUAGUCUUGAGCACCUGUCUAUUGAAGAGAAGGCCUGUCUCAUGUUUUUAGAGGAGACUAUUGAGUCUCUGGAUACCGAGGAGGACAGUGGACUGUCCAGUGAUAAACCUGACCAACUGCCCAGGCCUGGCAACCUUGCUGCCAAACUGGCUGACCUGUCAGCCUCCAUGAGCAAAGACAUGCUCAAUGAUUCAUUGAAACAUGCUCUGAAGGAACCCAUUAAGGAAAACGCUGACACCAAACCCAUGCAGAGCUACCGGGUUCCUACACCUCUAGUUGUUGCAGGCAGCCCUCCAUGUUCUGUACCCAGUAUUAAACCAGGCGUUCCUCCAGACAAGCCUCAGGUUACUCCUUCAAGCAACAAACUGGGCCACAAAUACAGCCAGAAACCUGCUGCUCCCCCAGUACCUUUAGAAGUUAAUGUGGUGAUCGCUCCUCACACAAAACCCAGGGACUACUCAGUUAUGACACCUCAGGCUCCAUUAUCAAGAGGACCUCUGUCCUACGAGGCACUUGUUCAUCUCCAGCAAAGUGCCUCCACAAAGAAGACCCCUUUGUGUCCCACAGUUGAUCAUACGAUAGACUUGGACAUGAGCCUUCCUGUCCCAGUGGAAGGUCAAAACCUUGCAAAUCUGCCAAGAUCUGACAAAUCCCACUCAGAGGCUCCUAAGUGUAGGACAGCUCCUCCAGUUGUGGCCCCUAAACCCAAAAAGAUUCCUGCUAACAUAUCUGUGAAAACAUGCAACGAAGCAUUGAUAAGCCCAGACUCUUCAUACAGUGUCAAGUAUGCGCCAGAUACCCGGGUGGUGAGACUGGAAGCUCUGAAGAAGCUUGGCCUCCUGACAGAACAGCCUGAAAAUGAGACAGUAGCUUCAGUGUCUCCCCCUAAAUCUCACACCUCUUUGGACCCAACAAGUAGAGCAUUUAAAAGAAGAGGGCCAUCUAAUGUUAAUACAUCCACAACCCCAUCGUUGCACCCAGAGCCCAGAAACAGGUUUCUGCAGAGCAGUGCCAGUUCCCACCACUAUUCCAGACAUGAGCAACAGCCUGCAUCUGUAUCACAUCCUGCUCAAUCCAGUGGAAUGAAGAUUGCUGGUCUGAGGUGCUCUGCUCCCCCGGACAACCACACAACUGGCAACAAUAGUCCUGAACCACAACAUAUGACAGCGAGCGAGCCAGUAAAAUCCACCACGACACCUCCACCUGUACCCCAUAAACCUUCAAACUCAGUUGAAUAUACUGUGAUGGUGGUGCCCAGGACGGGAGCUGAUCGAAAAGAAGCACUCAGAAAGCUGGGACUGUUAAAAGACAAAGAGGUAAAGAGCAGAAGUCUGCCUGCCUAAAUGCAGUGCUCAGAACGCGUUCAAAAGUGCCAUCAGCUUAAAGACAGUUAAAGUAUUAAGUGGGAACUUGGCAUCUAACCAACUAAAGCAGACUAGGAUAAAAAAGAGGAACAAUUUGAAGGGCAAUGCCAGACGUUUAAAUCUGUGCUGUAAUUACUUGUAUGCGUGCAGUUUCUUUCCAAAUAUUCUUCUUCUGUAGGGUUCGCAAGAAUCUGAAAAUGCACCACAGACAUUUCAAACUUCACUAAUUUGAUAAAAUUGCCUGCUAAUGUAGUGCCAUCCAGUGAGAAUCUCUUAUGCCUCUUUAGCAAAUUUAAGUAGGACUCAGGUUUUUAAGAAAUUAUUAAUAAUAAUUCAACUGUAUGUUGUAUGUACAUGUGAUGUUGUGGAUUUCCAUUCAUCUUUUGUCCUCAUUACACUGUACAUAACAUGCCGCUCGACUUAAAAGGAAACAACUCACUUCAGCUAAAUUUUUACCAGUUGUUUGAUAAUUCACAGAUGUGCCUGUAACCGGAUUGUUGAGUAUAUUUUUUCAAGAAAAGCAAAUAUGUUUAUUAAGCUUAAUUAUUGUAAAACAAAACAAUGUGUUUUGGGGUGUUCAGUGUUUUCUAAACUGAAGUAGCUAUCGACAACGUGAUUAUUAGGAGAAACAACUAUUUGUUUCCGCUCAUGUUUUAUACUGUAUAGGAGGUUUAGAUGGUCUUAAAAGGUUUGACAAAUUGUGUUCCUGUGAAUGCCUUCAUAGUCUAACUACCGGAAACGUUCAUCUGUAAUGACAAAAAUGCCUAACUAUUCUUUACCAUUAGUGUCACUGAGAAUAAAGUCUGCACUUAAUAUAUUGUGUAUUAAAAUCUUUAUCUUCA